UUACUUCAGCUCAGCUUUUGAAUAUAUACCCAGCUGUAGAGGCGGGGGCCUACUGCGAAAGCCCGUUUUCUUUGCUACAAGAAGAGGUAUGUACGUUGCAACAUUUUACAUUUCAUACCUACAACUGAAAACCUGAUCGAAAAGAAUACAUAACAGAUUGGGUUGUGGGAUGUACCUUAGAGUUUCGACCGCUUUUGGAGUGUUUAAAAGGAGUUACCACGACGGCUCUUGAGCUUUUUCUAACCUUAAACAUUUUGAAUGCACUUCCUUUGUCAUAACUCUCCUCUACCGGUUUAUAAGUCUCAGACCCCAUAUAAGCACUCUUUCCCCACUCCAAAAUUCUACAAAAUCGCAUAAUGCUAGUAGCGUAUUUUAAAGAUGAGUAUAGCUUUUUAUUACAAUUAUUAUAUAUAUGGGACAGCAGUCUCCUGUUGAUUACUAAGCUGAAGACCUGCGUUUACAAUCUCAGUCUUUUGGUAAUUUUUCAACUUUUGAACACCAGCUUAAUUCCUUCAGACUAUCCCUGCAUUAAAUUGUGCCACUGGUGUUUGUAUUCAGUGGUUAUUUUUGAUACAAAAGCAUAAGCAGCAUGCAUAAUUUUGAGAAAAAUAAUUAAAAAUUAUGUUCAGUGGGUAUGAGAGGUUCCGACUUUGGCAUAGACUGGGAAAAUUGUGGUAACUUUUUGGGGGAGUUCGGUAAUGACAGGGUGUUUGCAUGAGGAGGCUCGUCAGUAUAUUGAAAUAUUAUUUUUGUAACAAAAAUAGUGGUAAAUUGUAACUUAAUGAGAAGAAAAAAUGUUGAGUUAUGGAUGCCGAAAUCUCUGCUGGAAGUUUUGGUCGAUGUCCAGCUGCAGGUGAAAGUUUCCGAGGGGGCGGGUACUCCCUCACAAGAGGCUAAGGUGGAUGUGUUGCUGGAUGGGGUUGCAUUUUGUCAACUGGAGUGACUAUAAUGGGGUCGCAAAUUUUCGGAUUUUUGGGGUAAGAAGGGAUCCAAAAUGGGAAGAUUCUCGGUUAAAAAAGUCAGAAAGUUGUUGUUUAUUAAAUUUAACAAUACGCUUGCAUUGACAGCAUUACAUUCCGCUGCUUGAAACCAUAUUGAUAAGGUAGAUGCAUAAAUAGAAAGAGACUAAGUUGAGAUCGUGAAAAUUACGUUUUCCAAAAGGUGACUAAGAUGGGGUCUGUAAUUGGCCAAAAAAUAGACUAUUUAACAAUUAUUCCUCGACCCCGAAUGAGCUAUAUUGACUCGGAGGCCAUUCGGCUCGAGGAAUAAUAAUUGUUUUAGUAAAAUCCAACUAGCUGGUAAAAAAUAUUGAGAAUAAAAAAAUUUUAGCUAGUUAAAGCUAGACUUUAAUCCUUUUUUGCCGCCAAAAACCUGGCACUUUACUCUAUUAGUGGGCUAUAACAUAUAGCCUAGUAGUAGCUCAACCAAUCAGAAUGCAGCAUUGAUAAUAAACCACUAGUUGGAUUUUACUAAAAUGGGAUAGGCCAGCGGCACAUACCCAGCAAACAUUAACCCAAGUACCCCCCCCCUCCCCCUGGGGGAAAAUUUUCACUUCUACAGUGUAGAGUUGGUCCAUUAUUUAGACCAAUUUGCCAGUUAGUUUUGUCUGGCCAACACUUACCAUUCUAUUUGCCAAUUUUCUUGUAAUUUUACCGUCUGUGAAAAGUAAUCAGAAUUUUGGUCUUAACUUAAAAGCGGAAUUGCUUUGACCCAGUUGGAAACUUUGCUUUAAAUUAUUGAAUAGUGUUGUUAUCAUGUUUUCCUGCACUUAUGGAUAGAUCCAAUGGUUUCUGAACUUGUUUGGCAAAACGUAAUAAAAGCAUCAUCCUAAUGGCUUUUUUAUUAAUGUUACAGCACAAACAUUGAACAGAACAUUAUUAUAUAGUCUUCUCACUCUUCAUAUAAUUCUGCCAAGACCAAGAUAAUUUUUUUCUGCUGUUCCUGAUAAUACUGAUGGAAAAUAUAAAAUAUUGUUUAAAAAGGUUUAACCACAUGAAUAAUUAACUAGCUUCAAGGCAGAAAAAAAACAUUUAUCUCAUCAACAGUUACAAUGGUCUUGCUUAUUGCAGCAAGUGGAAAUCACCUGGCCUUAAUUUUUACAGUUCAUUCCAUUUGAUUCAAUUAGCCAGCAUGUGUAGCUGGUGGGGUUAGUUAGCUGAGGAGUGCUCAUAUUUUUUGGCAGCAGAACUGCAGGAAGUUUGGGAGCAAGCCAAAUAUUCCGCCUUGCGUAAAGAAAAUACCCAGUGCAUAACAAACGUACCAGAUACACGGCAGUGAGGCUAGAUUUCUUCCAGCCCAAGUUGAGGUAAGUGAAGUUUAUUUCUACACUAAUACCUAUAGUUUCUCUGUAUCAAAUGUCUGAAAGGAAGAGAGUGCAAUGGGCUGUAAGUGGCUGGUUAUGCAAAAUUAUUAAUUCAUUAGGUAAUUUAUGCAUCAAACUUGGCCUACUGCCUGGAGUGAGUGUGAUGUAAAAACUCUGCUGUCUGUUUUCUUAUUUCAUACUUCAGCUCAGCUUGUGCAGAUAUCAACACAUCUGAAGAGGCCAAGGCCUAAGACUGCAAAAGCCAGAGUGUUUUGUUUGCUACACGAAGAUCGGUAUGUACAAAUAUAUAACAUUUUACUUUUCAUGCCCGUUACUGGAAAUGAGAUUGGGGGAGAAUACAUUUUUCAGAAUUUAUUUGGUUCUUUGAGUCCAUAAAGUCAAAAUGUUUUAACAAGAUGGACUUGUAAUUUAUUAGAGGUAAAAAAGGGAUAAUGCUGAGUUUACAGAUGCUGAAAUCUCUGCUGGAAAUUGUUUUGAAAUAUGAUUGGAAUGUCUGGCUGUUAAAAAUUCUCCAGAAAAACUGAUCCAAUCCAGAGUUGGUCCUAACUAAUAUUUUGAGCAGUCAGUCUUGUCCGGCCAACACUUUACCAUUUCAAUUUCCCAAAUUUCGAGUCUCACCUUGCAAAAAGUAAUCAGAAUUCAGGUCUUAACUUAAAUAGAAUGCUUUGACCUAGUUGGAAACUUUGCUUCAAGAAUAAUGUUAUUACGUUUUCACUUGGCAAGAUCUACUGGUUUCUAACCGGCUUGUUUGGCAAAAUGGCAAGCACCCCUAUGAUGAUUUAAAUGCAUAAAUGAUUGAAAUGUUAUGCAACAAACAGUAUGAAUAUAAGGGGAUAUAUUAAAGGUAAAAAGACAUUGCUUUAAUAGUCUUUUUUAACCCUUCAUGUAAUUCUGCUGAGAUAAAGAUAAAUGUUUUCUGUUGAUCUCAAUGGUAAUGAUGGUUAAGAAAGAAAAUAUACUGUAAUGUCUUAAAAGGUUACCACAUGAAUAAUUAACUUCUAGGAAAAAAUAAUAAUAUCGUUAUUUAUCUUAAAUUUGUCAGCACUUUAAUACAGUAGUUGUAAUUGUCAAUGAUUUUUUCAGUUGAUUCCGUUUGAUUCAGUUAUAGCCAGCUGGUGGGUUAGUGGGGGAUGUGCUGUUGUUUUUGGUAGCAGAACCACAAGUUUGGGUGCAAGUCAAAUUUUAUUUCCCCAUCCCAUAAAGAAAAUGCCCAGCACAUAACAAACCUGCCAGCCACACAGGGUAGAAUUAGUAGGCUUAUUUGAUUUUUUUUAAACCCAAGAUUUCAAUUUCUAUGGGGCGUUUAAGGUGAUCCAUUUUUCCAAACACCAUUUUUUUUUAUAUUUUAGCCAGUGAAACAAAAAAGAUGACAUCUUAAACCUAUGAAAAAAAUUAUACUUGAGGAUAAAUACUUGAACUCUCAAUGCAAUGAAAAUGGUCAGUGGUUUUUCAAAUAGAUGACAUAAUCAACUGAAGAAAAAACACAUGUUAACAAAGAAUAGUAAUAAUAAUAAUUUUAUUAUUGUUGAAGGGCUCCACACAAAAAUAAUGUCCCCACGCUCUUCCUUUUUGUAGGAACAUUUUCCCAUGGAUGCCUUGUCAAUUAUAAACCUUAUUUUAAAAGUGUAGCCUAACCUUUACUUACAUUAACACAGGAGAACCCAGCCCUAGUAUCAGUUCAACAAUAUGGCAUGGAGAGAUGAUGGAUCAGGUAACCUGACAGUUUCUGGAGCAAAGGUUAGCUUUACUGGGAGUGGCAACUCCAAGGGGAAUGCUAUCUGGAGUCAAGGCGGAACUGGGAGUUGGGAGUUUAAAGUGACUGGAAGUUCCGGAACCUGGGUGGGAGUUUCUGCUGAGGAUAAGUUUGCGGCUGGUUGGGGGAUGAAGGGAUUGUUCUAUGGCGGGCCAGGCAACUUGAGUGAUGGCAGUAGCCUGGUGACCAGUCGCUGGGGACCUAAGUUUGGUGAUGGUGAUGUCAUUGGAAUGCGGUUGGAGCAGCCUGGUGAGAAAACAGUGCUGGCAUUCUCUAAAAAUGGAAGUGGAUUGGGAGUGGCAUUUGAUAUUUCUGGCUACAGUGGCAUGGAGUUCCGUCCAGCAGUUUCCAUGGAUGAAGUGGGACAGGGUGUGACAAUCUCUGAGACUGCUACUUCUAGCCUGGAUGCUUUCCAGCUUGUUCCCACUCCAAGACAAGGGGUGGAAGGAGACUGGCAGGGGAGGUUCAAGCUGAUGAUUGAGAAAACUGGAGAAGGAGCCUGGCACAUUGCAGCCGAGGUGGCCAACAUUAUAUCCUGCGAUGCAACUCAGGGUGCUGAUGGUAAUCUUGUGUCAGGACCAGUCAUGUCAACAAGGAUGAUGCCGUCUCCAGAGCUCCAGCAGCUGGAGAGUGAGGCUACCUCCAUCCUGGAAGGUCUGACUUCACUCAGACGGGAAGGGGAAACCCUGGUGCUGGAAGGAGGUGGAAAGAAGGAGAUCUUUACUCCUGCCGCUGGACCUGGUCCUGCGACCAAAGACAGAGUCAACUGGAUGUGUUGAACAU